UACCAUCUGAUCUGCGGAUGUACAAUUUAUUAACGGAUGCGCUGCGGCUCUCAAAGUGACUGAAAAGUGAAAGAAAAGAGCUGUGACGUCUAAUUAAUCAAUUUUUCACCUAAAAAGGGAAAUUUGGAGAUUAAAAAAUAAGUUCCUUAAAGGCCGGAGUCGCAACUCCAAGAUGGCCACAGUUGGGGAACAAAUGCAAAUUAGCAACCACACGAUAGACAAAGUGACGAGAGCAAAAGUUACGCUAGAAAAUUACUAUUCCAAUCUCAUAUCACAACAUGAAGAACGAGAAACAAGGUACCGCAAGUUGGAAGAGACGAUGGAAGAAGAUGGUCUGAAUGAUGAACAGAAAAGUCAGAAACGGCAACAACAUGCAGUCAAAGAAACAGAAUUUCUGAGACUAAAACGGUCGAGACUAGGUGUAGAAGAUUUUGAACCAUUGAAAGUUAUCGGCAAAGGUGCUUUUGGGGAGGUUCGACUGGUACAGAAAGUAGAUACGGGUCAUAUAUACGCCAUGAAAAUACUCCGCAAGGCUGACAUGAUUGAUAAAGAACAGGUUGCUCAUGUACGUGCUGAACGUGAUGUACUAGUCGAGGCAGACCACGAGUGGGUUGUUAAAAUGUAUUAUUCCUUCCAAGAUGCUGUAAAUCUUUACCUAAUCAUGGAAUUUCUUCCUGGGGGUGAUAUGAUGACACUGCUCAUGAAGAAAGAUACCCUGACUGAAGAACAGACACAAUUUUAUGUAGCAGAGUCUGUGUUAGCUAUAGAUUCCAUCCACAACCUUGGCUUUAUACAUAGAGAUAUAAAGCCAGAUAAUUUAUUAUUAGAUUCUAGGGGACAUAUCAAGUUAUCAGACUUUGGUCUAUGUACAGGCCUAAAGAAGUCACAUAGAACAGAAUUCUACAAAGAUCUCUCACAUGGCAAAACUGGUGAUUUUAAUUUAAAUCCAAUGGAUUCUAAAAAGAGAAUGGAAAGUUGGAAAAGAAAUAGAAGAGCACUGGCAUAUUCCACUGUAGGCACUCCAGAUUAUAUAGCUCCAGAAGUAUUUAUGCAAACCGGUUAUUCGAGUUCCUGUGAUUGGUGGUCACUUGGAGUGAUCAUGUAUGAAAUGUUAAUAGGUUAUCCUCCAUUUUGUUCAGAAAAUCCUCAGGAAACUUACAGAAAGGUGAUGAACUGGCGAGAAACUCUCAUUUUCCCGCCAGAAGUCCCUAUAUCCACAGAAGCCAAAGAUCUCAUCCAAAAGCUAUGUUGUGAUCAUGAACACAGAUUGAGUAGUCGAGAACAAAUCCAGGCCUGUUCUUUCUUCCGCGGCUGUGAUUGGGAACAUAUCAGAGACCGCCCUGCUGCCAUUCCAAUAGAAAUUAAAAGUAUUGAUGACACGUCCAACUUUGACGAGUUUCCAGAUGUCGACCUCAAAUGGCCAACCUCACUAGCUAAUAAACCAGAUGUAUCUAAAGAACAAACAAAUAAUAAAGACUGGGUGUUUAUAAACUAUACAUACAAACGAUUUGAGGGACUUCCUAAAUCCUGGCAGUCAAAGAGUUAGCACAGUAAUAAAACAAGUGUGGAGAACUGCACAGCACUUGUGGAGAUAUGAACAACCUUGGUGGAGUUGGGAUCCGCCAUUCAUCCAUCAUUCAUUAUGUGAUUAGAUGUUUCCUUUGAAUCCAGUGAUCCUGAGAUUUUUUUUCGGUCGAGUUAAACGUCUUCACCUUACAGUGUGCGAACUGUAUCUCCUGUGGAGAGAACUAAUUUUAUCAACAGUUUACUGUAAACUCUGAAAACUUUGCUACAGAUUUAUUUUGCUGUCUGUGUUUACGAAAAGUAAAAACUUGUGAGUGUUCUAUUAUUGUUUUGAAGAGUGCUAUGUAUUUCACAAGUUUGCCUUGUAUUGCAGUUACUGUAUAGUGCAAAAAAAUUCCAGUUUGAAGUAUAGCAAACUUUCAGCCACAUGAAAAUUUAUUCCUUUCUAGUGUUAUAUUACAAUAUAUGCACAUUGUUCUAUAGAGAAAAAGAUGUAAAAUGAUAAAAAGAUAUGAGCCGCACCAUGAGAAAACCAACAUAGUGGCUUUGCGACCAGCACGGAUCCAGACCAGCUUGCGGGUCAGGAUCCAUGCUGUUCGCUUUCAAAGCCUAUUGCAAUUAGAGAUACUGUUAGCGAACAGCAUGGAUCCUGAUCAGACUGCGAGAAUACGCAGGUUGGUCUGGAUCCAUGCUGGUCGCAAAUGCACUAUUUUGGUUUUCUCAUGGCACGGCUCAGUUAAUGUUUAAGCAGGUUCUAGCUCACUUAUUCAUCUUUAAUCACUAUUAGAUGGACCACUUCCUGUAGCAUAUUUCUAGUUUGAGAUACGUUUUGUCUUUAAGAUGUUGAAUUUGUAACUUGUCUUAUGGUAGUGCAUAUAUUUAUUUUAUACAAGAUGUAAUAUGUGCUAAAAGUGAAAAAAAUGUUUUAGAAGACUUUACAGUAUGAAUAUUUUUUCCUUGAUUUGCUUUUUUUCCCAUGGUUUUUUAAGUCAAAUAAGAAAAGUAAAUGACAUAAUAGCUUUAAUCAUUAACUUGACAAAUGCUUGACAGUUUUUCCCUCAUUGAGAAUGUAUUUUACACAACGUGUAUGUAUGCCUUCAUAAUGAAGUACAUGAAAUUAUAAUUGCAUAAUCAAUCUUAUAUAUCAAUUCUACAUGGUUAUCAUAAACUGUAAGCAAUAAUUUAAUUUACAUUUAAGCAAGGAAGGGCUGUAUACCUUUGUUUCAUCUCAUUUGAUGGUUAAUUGGUAUACAUUACAGAAUUUAGGGAAAAUGAUGGGAAAAAGUUACUUGCUUAUGAUGGUAUACUAGAUUGAGAAUUGCUUUGGAUUACAUACAAAUGAGAAAAAGAACUUCUUGUACUUGCUGAAUUUGAAGUACCAGCUAAAAUGCUUUCACCUUAUUAACAUUUGUAAAAAAAGUUUGCCAUAAUUGGGAAAAAAGUUCAACAAACUUGCAGUAUAAAUGUGGUAUAAACAAACAUCAUAUUAAUAGCUCUUUACAAUAUGAUGAUGUGAAAGAGUGCUUUAUACAUGGUAACAUUUUUAUUUAUAUUUACAUUGUACAGACUGGCUAUUCUGUACAGAUUGGCUAUUCUGUAAAGAUUGGCUGUUCUGUAAAGAUUGGCUGUUCUGUACAGAUUAGCUGUUCUGUACAUUUCCCCUCAUUUCAACACCACUUACAUGUAUAUGAAACUGCUUUUCUGGUAGCAUCGUAGAUGAAUGUGACCAAAUUUGAUAUAAAUUAUCUGGAGGAUACUUUCAAAACUAAAGUAGUUGGCCUCAGUGUUUGGAAGGCUUUAAGCCUUAGGCCAGUGACUUGAAACCAUUGGCUCCCCUCUCUACUGAGGUUUAGAACACUUUGGAGUCAUUGGAUUCUUUUGUCCUCUUGUCUCAUUGGAGACAUACAGUUUCUGUCUUAGGGGUGUCUUAGGGGUGUCUUUCAGGUUAGACAGUCGCCAAAAGACAUUUUGGUAGUCUACUGAUGAUGUCAGUCAAGAAUGUCCAUGUGAUUAGGUAUCAUUGUAAUGCGUUUCAGCAUUCUUUCGACAAUAAUGUAGAACAUACGAACACCUGGUUUUCUGUUCAUACCAUAAAAUGCCAAAUUUGCAUAUGGAGAACAUGUACUGUAAAAGCUCGUAUUUUUGCUGGGUCAAAAUUUCGAGAAUCUUAAAUUGAGUAUGUUCGCGAGGUUUAAUAUUUGCAAAAUUGUUAAAAUGGUAUCCUACUUUAAUUUGAAUUAUUGUAACGAUAAAUAUUUACGCGCGGAUUAAUAUAGUGACAAUCAAACCCUCGUGAAAAUUCCUGCUUUUACUGUUAUCGAACAGAAAUUUUGGAUUGUUAUUAUGGGUCCACUACCUUAAUUGUAUCAGUGUGUCUUACUGACUGGUAUAAUCCACACAAUACAUACACGCAAACUAAAGUAGGUGAGAAAGAAAAUAAUGACAUCAUUUUAACAAGGCAUAAAGUACUUUUUUAUUUUUAUUGUGUAUGUAGAUGUAUGUAAAUAACAUGAUCAGUCUUUCAUUAAUUGUGCUUCAUAUCACUUGUUAUUGUAUAAGCAAUAAAAACAUGUAUAUUUCACAUGGUUAUUUCACUUUCAUUCAUUUAGAAUCUUUGAUUUCUGUAUUUAUUUUCAUGUAGUGCAUAUUUUUUUUGUGUAUCUGGUUAUUAUUUUUUACAGAAUACUAAAAAAUAUUACCACUAGGAAACAGUAUGAUUUUAUUCAUAUCAUAUACAGCAUUAAUGAAAGAACAGUUACCUGUCUAUAAGACGGAGUCUUUAAAUUACUUCAAAAUUGGCAGUAUUUUGCAGGCUUUAUUAAUGACUUUGACUCACUUAUAAGACAGUGCAAGACAUAAGGUCUGAUUUUUUUAGCAGAAAAAUCUUGUCUUAAUAAGGCGAGUAAAUACGGUUUUUGUUUACAAAAUUUCAACAAAUGAAGAAAAAUCUACACUUGAAUGAGAUGUUUGAAAUUAAAUGUAGAGAUUGCAUAAAUACCAUCAUUGUCUCCAUGCGAUGUAGUGCAUACUAUUUAUUUUGCAAUAAGUUUCAUUAUUGUAACAUUGCACACAAAAAAUACAUUCCAUACAAUUUAUUUAAUACUUGUUCAAUUGAAAAUAAUAUUAUCACAGUCUGGUAACUUUGUAGUUUUAACUUGUGUUUUAAUUAUCUUUAACCAUGACUGGAUGUUAGUUAUCUCGUCAUUGCAAAACUAUUGUAACUGCAAACAGUAAAACACUGAUUACUUGAUCUUACAAGGGGUUGAGCAAAAUUCUUGAGUUUUCUAUGGUUUUGAACCUUCCCAACAUAAAAAAUGUAAUGAAAAGGGGCUGGGACCGCAUGAAUUGCCCUGGCUAGCUCUGGUACUCGGGCCAUUGAUGCUUGAUCGAGCCGGGCUUCACUGUAGAUACUUGGGUAAUGCAGGUGCAUAACUUGGCUUGAAAUGAUGAUAUUUACAUUUGUUCUAUUCUGUUCCAUUGAAAAUAUGACCAGCAAAAGGAAAGGCGCUGAAGUUGCAUCAUCGCUGCUUAGUGAUAACCGACCGCUGUUUUGACAAUGUCUGCGUAUAGUCAGGGUGAACGUUCCUUAUAUGACAUCGCAGUUGUUCCAUCUGGGGAACAGAAUGGCCAGGAAGCUUAUUUUAAUGUGAAAUGCCACAAAAUAUUUGCAAUUUAUAAUAUUAUCUUGAAUAGGAUCGGCAAAUUAAACCUGAAUCGCUAGUGCGAUUCAUGGAUUUGCCGAUCCUAUUCUGUCGUUCAUUUUACAUGAACACCAAAAAAAAAUAAUUUCAUUACUUAAUUGAAGGCCACUGAAGGUAGCGAAGUUAAGAAGUUUUUUAUUUUCUACAUGCGAUUUUCUUCAUUUUGGCAAUACUUGAUUUUUCAACUUCUAGGCACCUGUUAUGUUGCAGAUACAUUAGUUCUGUUCUGAAGUGAUGCCAUGUUCAUUUGGAUUGCUUCUGUUUUUUAGAUUGAAAGUAGUGUAAUGGCUAUGUCUUGGAUAUUUUAAUUUGUUUUAUUGAAUAUUGUUACUGUAAUAAUUGCGAUUCUGGUACUUUUUGACUUUUGUAGAUGUGGUGAUUUUAUGGAAAGAAUAUGUCUUUCUGACAUCCGAUUAAGGAGUCUAGAAAGAUUUGUGCUAUUGUAAAAUUUAAAUUUAAAAAAUGUUAAUUUUUUUUUUAUAUUGAUGUAGACUUGCAAAUGUGUGCAAGACUGCUGAAAAUGUAGCCCUGGAAGGGUUUUCAUAUCUCUGCAACAAUUUGAAGAAAGAUAUUUUUUAGCUCAUUGAAGUCUACUUUGUAGUGUAAAUUAUGUGUGGAAGUUGUUGGUUAAUUUGCAGAGCUAGUAAUUCACAACUAACUGUAGUUACAGUAACCUGUAUACAUACAUACAACGUGGUGAUGAUUAAAUCAUCUAAAGUAGAAACACUCUCUGCAAAGUAGUUGUCUUUUUUUUAACACAUUACAGUACAAAUUUUGUAAAGAGGCUGUUGCUGAGAAGAGGUUCCAUUAGUUUGGAAUAGCAAUAGAGACAUAAAGCUGAGUUUGGAGACCAGUCAAAGAAUGCAGGCUUGUCAUUGGUCAAUUUGAAAUUUAAGCUUAAAAUCAGCCAAUCAAAUGCUUGAAAUUGUGACUGUUUCUCUAUAGUCUGUUUCCUUGUCUGGGUGGUCUUCAUAUGAUUCACAAGGGAGGCUAUUCCGUAGUUUUUACUAGGCAGAUUUCAGAUCUCAUUGGAGAAAUGUUUUGUGAUACCAGUUGUAACAUUAUUGAUGAAAAAUGCCAUGAUCCAGCUAUAAUCAAUGUUGUUAUUUAUGUGAACAUGGAGACAUGUGCCAUGUAUUAAUUGUGUUAAAACAUUUUAUUUGUUACUUGAUGCUGAAUAACAAAACACCUGUUGAUUAAAAUUGCUAAAAUGA